AUGGCGCCGACUUACAAAAUCGCUAUUAUACAGUUUGAGCCAAAGGCCAUCGCUCUACAAGAAAACUUCAACAAAGCAGAAUCCCAUCUUCGCGUAGCAGCAUCAAAAGGAGCCGACAUUGCUCUCCUUCCAGAAUUUCACUUGACAUCAUGGGAACCUGAACACCCCGAGUUCGUCUCGGCCAGCAAAGAAUCAGCGUCUUACCUUUCAAAAUACCAGGCUCUAGCCAAAGAGCUCAACAUCAACAUCGUUCCUGGCACCAUUUGCGAAGUGCACAAGGUUCCCGAUAGCCAAGAUGAAGAGUUGAGAAACAUGGCAUACUUUCUAGCGGCAGGAACUGGUGAAAUUAUUAGUGCGUAUCAGAAGAAGAACCUGUGGCAUCCCGAACGACCGCACUUGACAUCUUCAACGCACACGCCGCAUACAGCAUUCGAUACACCACUCAAGCACGCCAACGGAAAACCCGUACGCGCGGGAAUGCUGAUCUGCUGGGACCUCGCCUUCCCAGAAGCAUUCAAAGCUCUCGUCAACGAUGGCGCAGACAUCAUUCUCAUUCCAUCAUACUGGUUCAUGAGCGACGCCGGUGACGAAGGUGGUGAUCUAAACCCUGAUUCUGAAAGACUCUUCCUUAACUGUGCUCUAACGGCGCGGGCUUUUGAGAAUACUGCCGCCGUCGCGUUUUGUAACGCUGGAGGAUUGAGUUGCGUGAAUAUGCCGAUUCUGGGACCUUUGGGAAGAAUUGAGGUGGGCGAGGAGAAGAUGGAGGUUGUCGAGAUUGAUUUGGAUGUUUUGAGGAUCGCUGAAUCGCAGUAUAAGAUCAGGAUGGAUAUGCAGAGCGAGGGGUGGCAUUACAAGUACGGAAUGAAUGCUGGAGAGGGAUCAUAG